GCAACACGAAGGCUUAAAACGGAAGAUUGGAAUUUAGGUUGAAGAAAAAAAGAGAAGGAGAAAUUAAUUAAUUAUUUAUUUAUUUAUUUUUAGAAAGAUAGGAACUAAUCCAAGCAACUCACAGAUUCCGAGUUGCAGAGAAGCAUUCAACCAAUUUCUUCUUCUUCAAUUACCAUGUCUGCCGCCGCUCACCCUACCUCCAAACCCGCCGUCAACGGCGCCGCGCCAGCCUCAUCUUCCAAACCACAAUUCCGUCAACAACCAUACCGACACCGCCGCAAUCACCACCGUAGCCGCCGCAAUCUCUGCUGCUGUUUCUGCUUUUGGACCAUCAUCAUUGUCCUAGGGCUAGCGCUUCUAGCCGCAAUUACUGGCGCCGCCCUCUACGUCUUGUACCGCCCUCACCGUCCUCAAUUUACAAUCUCCUCCCUCCGAAUUUCAAAGCUCAAUCUCACAAUUGCCGCGGAUUCCUCCGCUUCAUACCUCUCGUCUCUCUUCAAUCUCACUCUCUCAUCCUUCAACCCUAAUUCCCACAUCACAUUCUCAUACGACCCCUUCACUCUGUCCUGUUUGUCCCAUUCUGUUCUCCUCGGCAAUGGUUCGAUCCCAGCGUUCACCAGCGCCACCAAUAACCAGACGGUAUUCCGAGCCCUAAUAUCCGGCGCCAGAGAUCUGGACGCGGAUUCCGUUACGAACCUCAGAUCGGAUCUGAAGAAGAAAGGAGGCGCCCCUCUGACGAUCGAAAUGGACACGAAAGUGAACGUGAAAAUCGGCAAAGUGAAAAGCAAAAAGGUGGGAAUCAGAGUAACGUGUGAAGGAAUUAAAGGAACUCCGCCGAAGGGGAAAUCGCCGACGGUGGCCUCUGUUCUUGACGCCGCCUGCAAAGUUGAUCUCCGGAUUAAAAUCUGGAUAUUCACUCUCUAAUUAGUCGGGAAUAGGGUCGAAUAUGCGAACGGCAGGAUAAGCCGAAUAUGCUCUUAGCCACGAUUUAGAUUCUAGCUCCUCCA